AUGGCAGUGCUCUCAGCAGCGACGUUGGCGCCGUGCACGCCCGCCGCGGCGCUGCGCAGGGCUGCGUGCCCGGCGGUGCGGGCGUGCUCGGUCGGCUCUCCGUGCUCCAGGGCAAGGCUCUCGCGAUGCGGACGCCCGACCGUCGCGGCGUCGCGCGCCACCGUCGUUGCCGCUGCGUCUGCAGAGGGUGCCUCCCCGGGCAAGGUCGAGGACGGCUCCAUGUCGGUUGUGCUCCUCGCGGGCGGCGUCGGCAAGCGCAUGAAGGCCUCGAUGCCCAAGCAGUACCUCCCCUUGCGCGGGAAGCCCAUCGCCACGUGGUCGCUGGAGACGUUCGCUGCCAUGCCCGAAGUGGGCGAGAUCGUCGUGGUGUGCGACCCGUCGUACCGGGACAUCUUCGAGGACGUGACGCUGCCGCGGUCCGUGCCGCUGAAGUUCGCGCUCCCGGGCAAGGAGCGCCAGGACUCGGUGUUCAACGGACUGAGUGAGGUGGCCGAGGGGGCCGCGCUGGUGGCGGUGCACGACUCCGCACGGCCGCUCGUGCGCGCGGAGGACGUGAGCCGGUGCGCGGCGGACGCGGCGCGCGUGGGCGCGGCGGUGCUGGGCGUCCAGAGCAAGCAGACCAUCAAGGAGGCGGGGGCGGACCUGAUGGUGGUCAAGACGCUGGACCGCAGCCGGCUGUGGGAGAUGCAGACGCCGCAGAUCAUCGAGCCGGGGCUGCUCAAGCGGGCGUUCGAGAAGGUGAAUGCGGAGGGGCUGGAGGUCACGGACGACAUCUCGGUGGUGGAGCACCUCGGCGCGCCGGCGAUCAUCACGGUGGGGGACUACACGAACAUCAAGGUCACUACCCCGGAGGACAUGUUCAUCGCGGAGCGCUUCCUGGACGAGGUGGGCGUCGGCGCGUAG